AUGGAAUUAAGACAUUGUAAUCGUCUUGCAGUUUCAUUAAUUCGUCUAUCUAGACAGCCGACAUUCUCUCCCUGUGCUCGAAAUUUCUCUUCUUCAACAAGGUUAUAUCCAAAAACUUCAAGUCAACUUAUAUUCAAACGUUCUAUAUCAUGGCAAUUUUGGAAAUCAUCGUCAACAGCAGAAUCAGUUGAUCCAUGGCCUGCCAAUAUUGUUCAACCAACACCAGAACCUGUUACUAUCACACCGCCAAUACUUGAAGUACCAAAAAUAGAAGCUGAUGAAUUCGGUUAUAUACCUGAACCACCAGAGAUUCCAUUGGAUGUACCUCUUGAAUUCUUAUUAAAUUCUGCUGGUGAACCAGCUCUAUCGACACUUGGUCUCGGUAAAUUGUAUUUACCUACUGGUUGGGUACAACAAGGUCUUGAUUUUAUUCAUGCGGAUAUUGGAUUGCCAUGGUGGGGAACACUCAUGCUUGGCACAUUCAUUAUUCGUACAAUUACAACGCCUAUUGCAAUUUACAAUCAAAGAAGUGCAGCAAAAAUGCAAUUGCAUAUGCCUAAACUACAAGAAUUACAAGGGAAAUUACAAGAAGCUCGUAUUCGAAAUGAUCAAUUAGCUAUUAUGAGAGCCGGUAGUGAUUUAAUGGAAUUUAUGAAAUAUUCCGAUCUUAAACCAUGGAAAGCAAUGCUUGGACCAUUUAUGCAGAUGCCAUUUUUCAUUUCACUUUUUCUUGGUAUUCGUGGCUUAGCGAAUUAUCCUAUUGAAAGUAUGAUGUUUGGUGGAGUCAUGUGGUUUCAAGAUUUGACAGUACCUGAUCCUUAUUAUAUUCUACCAGUAUUUACCGCUGUUACAAUGUUUGUUACCAUGGAGCUUGGUAUUGAAACAGGUAUGCGUACAGCCAAUUUAGGACCUAUUGGACGUAAUGCAUUACGUGUUGUUCCUUUUCUUUCGUUGAUUUUUACUGUGAAUUUUUCAUCGGCAUUAACACUUUAUUGGGCAACUUCAAAUGUGAUUUCACUAGCUCAGUCAGUUAUAUUACGUCAACCAGCUGUUCGUAAAGCAUUAAGAUUACCAGCACCACCGCCAAAAUCAAUAGAAACAAAAACUAAAAAGAAGAAAGGUUUCGCUGGAAUGAAAGAAAAUUUCCGUAAUAGCAAAUUAUUAGCUGAAGUUGAAAAACGAAAACAAGCAGGAGAUGAUAUCUUUCGUCGUGCUGGUAUAAGCUCAGCUGUACCAACAUACAAACAUGAUCCAACAAAAGUCAAAACAAAUAAUCCACCACAAAUACGAAAAACAUUUGAAUGA